UCUUUUUCCUGCGUCAAGUCUCUUCCUUCAAGCCAUUGCCAUUUUCCAAGUCUCUCUUCCCGUCUGCUCCUUCCCCUCCUUCUCUCUGCUAGGGUUUCUCACUUUUACGGUAAUUGAAAGCCGUUCGCCAACCACAUUGCAAGCGGACUUGACUUCUCGUGUUCUUGUUGGCUGGCUUGUGAGUGGUAUGAGGAGCUUGAGCUGAUUUCCAGUUCGGAUCUGCGGCGAAGAUUCCACAUGAGAACGUAUUCGGCCUGAGGUAUUCAGGCUUAUCUUAUUGCAAUAUUACAUCCUGCCAAGAAAGCUUUUAUUUGUCACCAUUUCUGCUGAGCAGAUUACUAGUAGAUAUGAGCAACUUCAAGUUGGGUGUGGAGGUUGUGAGUGCCCAUGAUCUAAUGCCCAAGGAUGGGCAAGGUUCUGCUAGCGCUUAUGCUGAGCUUCAUUUUGAUGGCCAAAAAUUUCGCACAACAAUUAAGGAGAAGGACCUCAACCCUGUCUGGAACGAGCGCUUCUAUUUCAACAUUUCUGAUAUUUCAAAUCUACCUGAACUUACCCUUGAAGCAUAUAUCUACAGCAUGAAUAAAACCACUAAUUCCAAAUCAUUCCUUGGGAAAGUACAGCUUGCUGGAACUACUUUUGUUCCCUACCCUGAUGCUGUGGUUCUCCAUUAUCCCUUGGAAAAGCGUGGAAUUUUCUCACGCGUGAAAGGAGAGGUUGGACUUAAGGUUUUUCUUACCGACGACCCCUCGGUGAAAGCUUCAAACCCUCUCCCAGCAUCUGAUCCCUUUCUGAAUAACUCCUCUUCAGCCCAAACUCAUCAAACACAGAUCCAAACUUCAAAUAAUACUUCAUAUCUCCAUCCAGAAAGCAGGUCUGAGUCCCGAAAUACUUUCCGCAGCAUACCAAAAGAAAGCCAUAUUUCCAAUCAGCACAAUUCUUCAGCUCAUGUGAGUGAUCAGCCAAAAUAUAUGGCUGAUGAGAUGAAACCGGAACCUCCCCUGCCCAGAAUAGUGAGGAUGUACCCGUCGUCGGCGUCGACGCAACCAGUGGACUAUGCACUGAAAGAAACAAGUCCUUUUCUUGGUGGAGGACAAAUCGUUGGGGGCCGUGUUAUUCGUGCUGAAAAACCAGCUAGUACAUAUGACCUCGUGGAGCAGAUGCAAUACCUCUUUGUAAGGGUAGUGAAAGCACGAGAUUUGCCUGCCAUGGAUGUAACUGGGAGCCUGGACCCUUAUGUUGAGGUGAGAGUUGGGAAUUAUAAGGGGACCACAAAACAUUUUGAGAAGAAACAAAACCCUGAGUGGAAUGAGGUUUUUGCAUUUGCUAGAGAUCGGAUGCAGGCUUCGACCCUCGAAGUAGUUGUCAAAGACAAAGAUGUGGUGAAAGAUGACUUCGUUGGAUUCGUGCGUUUUGAUUUGAAUGAUGUUCCGACACGUGUUCCUCCUGACAGUCCGUUGGCUCCUGAGUGGUAUCGACUCGAGGACAAAAAGGGCGAUAAAAAGAAGGGCGAGCUGAUGCUUGCGGUAUGGAUGGGCACCCAAGCUGACGAGGCAUUUCCUGAUGCAUGGCACUCUGAUGCAGCAGCUACUAUUGAUUCGUCUGCCAUAAGCCCGCAUAUUCGUUCCAAGGUUUACCAUGCACCGAGGCUUUGGUAUGUUCGUGUCAAUAUCAUCGAGGCGCAAGACAUCAUUCCGACAGAUAAGACUCGAUUUCCUGAUGUCUAUGUCAAGGCGCAGCUCGGAAACCAAUUCUUGAAGACGAGGACUGUCCAGGCCCGGACAUUGAAUCCUCUUUGGAAUGAAGACUUGUUAUUUGUGGCUGCGGAACCAUUUGAGGAUCAUCUUAUCAUAUCAGUAGAGGACCGUGUAGGCCCAAACAAGGACGAAAUUAUGGGCCGUAUUAUUAUACCGUUAGCAUCGAUCGAAAAACGAGCUGAUGACCGUAUUGUCAAUACAAGAUGGUUCAAUCUUGAUAAGCCAGCCAUGGUCGACAUGGAUCAGAUGAAGAAGGAGAAGUUUGCCAGCCGCAUUCAUAUUAGAGUUUGUCUUGAUGGUGGUUAUCACGUGCUAGAUGAGUCUACCCACUACAGCAGUGAUCUAAGACCCACGGCGAAGCAGUUAUGGAAGCCAUCAAUUGGGCUGCUCGAACUGGGUAUCCUCAGCGCUGAAGGGCUCCAUCCAAUGAAAACAAGAGACAGUAAAGGAACAUCGGAUACAUACUGUGUAGCCAAGUAUGGCCAGAAAUGGGUACGCACUCGCACCAUCAUCACCAGUCUUAGUCCGAAAUACAAUGAGCAAUACACGUGGGAGGUUUAUGAUCCCGCUACUGUCCUCACAGUCGGCGUGUUUGAUAACUGUCAGCUUGGGGAGAAGGGUGGUCCAAAUGGUAACAGAGAUGCGAAGAUUGGGAAGGUACGAAUUCGUCUUUCUACCCUAGAGACUGGGCGAGUUUACACUCACUCAUACCCACUUCUUGUUCUACACCCGUCUGGUCUUAAGAAGAUGGGAGAACUUCACCUUGCAAUAAGAUUCUCAUCAACAUCAUUGAUCAACAUGUUGUACUUGUAUGGUCGACCGUUGCUUCCGAAGAUGCAUUAUAUACGACCGCUAACUGUCAUGCAGCUUGACAUGCUUCGCCAUCAAGCAGUCCAGAUAGUGGCGGCAAGAUUAAGCAGAAUGAUGGAACCGCCGUUACGGAAGGAAGUCGUGGAAUACAUGUCGGAUGUCGAUUCUCACUUGUGGAGCAUGCGUCGAAGCAAAGCAAAUUUCUUUCGGCUCAUGUCCGUGUUCUCUGGCCUGUUUGCGGUGGGCAAAUGGUUUGGGGAUGUUUGUACUUGGAAGAACCCCAUCACAACUGUUCUGGUUCACAUUCUCUUCGUUAUGCUCGUUUGCUUUCCUGAGCUGAUACUCCCUACAAUGUUCUUAUACAUGUUUAUGAUUGGUGUUUGGAAUUACCGCUACCGCCCUCGAUAUCCACCGCAUAUGAACACCAAGAUUUCACAUGCGGAGGCUGUGCAUCCAGAUGAGCUUGACGAGGAGUUCGACUCUUUUCCUACCACCCGUAGCCCGGAGCUCGUGAGGAUGAGGUACGACAGGCUGAGGAGUGUAGCGGGAAGAAUUCAGACAGUCGUCGGUGAUAUUGCGACUCAAGGCGAGCGAAUUCAGGCUCUGCUCAGCUGGAGGGAUCCUCGUGCGACAGCUAUUUUCGUUCUGUUCUGCUUGAUUUCAGCCUUAGUACUGUAUGUGACCCCAUUCCAGGUUUUGGCUGCACUGGCUGGAUUUUAUGUGAUGAGGCAUCCAAGGUUCAGGCAGAGGAUGCCUGCUGCUCCAGUAAACUUCUUCAGGCGGCUUCCGGCGAGGACAGACAGUAUGCUGUGAAGAUGAUUCUCAGGUUGUUAACUUUACCAGCUGUGUUUUUGCUUCAGUGUCAGUAUUUUGUUUGUGUUAUCUAUAUUUCAUGUUUGUAGUAGUGGUAGAGGACAAGCCAGUAGUUGGAGACUGCAGAUAAUUUUUUCUGUUAAGUUUGUGUAUCUUCUGUUAAAUUCAUUAGGUGCUUUGUUUAUUAUGUGUUGGUGAUAUGAAUAUGAAGUGCAGCUGUCGAUUCAAGUUGAUAUUUUGUAGAUGUUGCAGUUUAGGAAACUUU